UGCCAGGCCGGUCCCGCGGAAGCAGAGCACUGGUUUGACCUCCUCGCUUGCCGUACGAACCCGCUGCUGGGGGACGGGACAGGAGGAGGGGUCACUAAAAUGGCGGCUAAGAAUAUUCGACAGGACAGAGAACAAGUCAUUCUCAUUGUGCCCAAAUGGCCCAAGUCUUCUGUGUAUGUCAGCCCAACUCAGAAACUCUUCAUAUCAAGAGGGCAACGCUAGCAGCUAUCCCGGCUGGUCUGGCAUUUGUGUCUAUUAAUAUAUAUGCUGCGACAGAAGAAGAGUCAAAACCCCAGUUAGUGAAACCAAAUCAGCUUCCCAUUUAUUGUGUGCCACCUCUGAAAUCAAGAUAUGUUGAAGAAGACCCUGGUCAUUUACAAGUGGGAUUUUCUACAUUAAGAAAGACAACUAGUCAUUAUGUUGAGUGGUGCAAGGAUGCCUAUGUCUUUGUUAAAAAUGGGAUAAUGGAUUCAAUACAGUUUGGAAAAGAUACAUAUGUUUAUCUGAAGAAUCCGCCUCCAGACUUUCUUCCAAAAGUUACCGUACUUACAAUUUCAGGUCUAGCUGGCUUAGUUCUUGCAAGAAAAGGUUCUAGAAUUAAGAAAAUUGCGUACCCGCUGGGACUUACCACAUUAGCUGUAUCCGUUUGUUACCCAGCUCAGGCAGUAGUACUUGCUAAGAUAACAGGGAAAAAAGUAUAUGCUGCAAGCCAUCAAACCUAUGAAGCAAUAGGAUCACUAUGGACAAAAAAAUCCUCUAUGAAAGAAGUGCUACUCACACAGAAAGAAGAUACCAAGCCUAGUUCACAUGUGCAACAAGUUCCAGAACCAGCUGUGGGAGAGGAUAAAAGUGCAGAGAUUAAAAAAACAACCCUUGAAUCUGAGGUUAAGUCAAAACCACUUGCUGUAACAGAUUCUCCUGUAAUGAAGAUUCAGAGUUCAAAAGAUCCAGUGCCUUUGCCCGCAGAAAUAAAAGUGCCAAAUGUCAUUUCAGAUGUAGCGAAGACAGCAAAAUUUAAGCUUGACCCCAGGCUUAUGGACCAUGGUCAGUCUAGCCCAGAGGAUGUGGAUAUGUACAGUACUAGAAGCUAAGGCACCAAUUUACAAAUAUUGGGAAGUACUAACAAUAGCAAAGAAAAAUGGAAGGAUUAUGCAAUGUAUCAUUGUACCUAAUGUGGUAUAAUUUAAUCAGGUAUUUUCUUAAAUCCCAAUAUGUACAGUCAAUCUACUUUGUCCUUGUUGUUUACUGUGUACUGUUUCUUACUACCUAUAAGCAAUUAAAUAUUUUAAUUUCUUGGAACAAUAAUUACCUGUUUGACACUGAAAAUUAUAUUUCUCUCAAUAUGUGCUUGCAAUGGGGUAUAUCAGGGUUGUCAAUGUCAAGUUGUUAAUAAACAUAAAUCACCUUUAUAAGGGACGGGUUUGAAAGUGUAAAUGUAUUUCUGUCUUUCAGUUCCUCAGUAGUUCAAAGGCAGUAAAAGAGUAAUCUAGUCAUCUUUUUAUUGUUGUCCCCCUUCUCACUCACUUCCAGCUCUGGAAUGCUAUGGACAAAUGAUAGCAUUUGGCAUCUAUGUUGGCUCAAAUAUCUUAGUAGUCUGAGCAUUCAUAAUACAAAAGAAACCAGCUGUCAUUGUUGUACUCUCUCAAAUUCAGUUGCUUUAAGAUUUAUGUAAGCUAACUCCUUCUUUUGUAAAAAUCACUGCUGUUAACCUCUUCCACUGAGGUAACUAGAAUAGAAAAUAAAUUUUGUUCUGCA